GCUUAACUGUCAGUGUUUUACAGUUAUGUUCGUCCCUCAUGGGAUAUAGGGCUGGAAAUUGAUAGGAUUAUGUGCAGAUUGUUAUAGAUCUAGAUUUUAGGAUAAAGCAGUGCCACAGCCAUUAUUUCUGGCAGGCCAGCUAUUGGAUAUAUCAUUUGUCUGUGAGCCAGAUGGAAGUAAUUGAUAUUUAAACAGCAUAUAACCAGACUGAGAGUAGGCCUGAACAACCAGCUGAUUUUUCAUUGGCCUAGCUCAUAAAACACUGGCUAUGGCCAAAGCUGAUAUUGAAAAUUUACCAGCAAUGUAAAUAACCCUCCUUAGUCUGUACCUUAACAUCCUUAAUCUCCAGAUCUGCCCACCUCUGCCCCCUAUCCCAAGAUAGAGUAAUAUAGUGUGUCAAUGGAUGAUCGCCCAUCUACCAGACAGCCCCAGGUGAACAUAGGAUCUUGGUGUCCUGAUCAAGUGCUCUCACCAAAUUUCAGCCAAGCAUGGAUGCAUAUAGGCACAGGAGAGCACAAUGUGUCCUGCUACGAUGCCAAUGCAAACACCGGCAUUUAUUCUCCUCUGAUUAGAGAACAACUGGAGCCACUGCAGGCAUCAGAAAGUCUGCUCACUUCAGACUAUAGUGCUGUUACUGCAGGUUAUGGUUCCACUGAGUGCUAUAAGGAACCAACUGCAAGCAGCUUCAGUAUCCCAAAUCUGUAUCUGCCAGAAGGGAUAACUGCUUGUGAAUAUCAGGACUCAGCUAGCUCAGCACUUAUAUCCAGCUUGGAUUAUUUCUACAAUGUUAGGGAAUAUGGGAUCUUCAUGCGUGAGGAGAACACCACGGAGACCGUUUCCCUGCCAUCACAUUCUCCAAAUCCAACAAAUGUACAAAAUGGCAGAAAAAGAAAACUUACCGAAGAGACCAUUGAGGCUACUUCCCUGCCCACACAGGAAGAGAGCUCACCAACUAAAAAAUUAAAAUAUGUUGACAUUGGGCAUACAGAAUUUGAAAUAUGUACUUUUUUCCCUCAGAAAGCAUCUAAUCUCCCAUGCAGUGAGCCAAAAGAGAUCUGAGAUCAGAGCCACAAGUAGUGCAACUUUUAGGUGUUCUUUCCAUAAAUGUAAUUAAAUAUUUGCACAAACCUU